UUGAUAAUCAAAUCAAUUAGUAAAUAUUAUCAGUGAUAAAAAAAAGAAAUAAAAUAAAAUAUAAAAUAAAAAACAGCCUCAGGAGAUAAGACGGAAAUUUUUUGUUGAUAAUUGAGUCAUUGUCUAAUGUAUGUAUGUUCAUUAAGAUUAAAAGGCUAUUGUGUGAUGUCAAGGGAAUAAGUGCUCAGUAUUAAUUACUAAUUUAGUAAUUAAUAUAAAAUAAUUAUUUAAUUUUAUAUUGUCUGCGAAUGAUGGAACAAGGUCCAAAUGAACCGGAUGCACGGGAAUGUCAUCAAACCGUCAUUUGAGUUUCCUGUUUGAGAGACAGAACUUCGUGGGUGGUGUUUUAAUACUGUAACUGGUGUACUUGCAUUGACUUGGUUGAUGUUGUAGUUGUACUUAGAUUUUUUAAUACUCAAAGUCUAAGUACUCGAUACUCAAUAUAAAUAUAAAUGUUUUCAUCCAGGUCUGACACGUACUCGCAAUCAAUAAUCAUCAAUAAAUUACCAUGUAAUUAUUCUUAAUCAUUUGUGCUUGUGAUAACUGUGCUACACUAGAUAGUGAUGAACAUAACCUGGAAACUGUUAGUAUAUUUAUGAAAAAAUGAAGUCGACGGGUGCCAAAGAGCAUCGGGGAUGUGUGCUCCUGAAACCUGAAGAAAAUGAAGAGAUUUUUCGAUUAAUUGGUAAUCGGUGUCAGUGCCUAGCAGCCGGAGUGAUUCAAUUAUAUUUAACGGAACCACCAGAGCAUCGAGAAUGGAUAAAAAAAAAUACUGGAAUAAUAACAUUGAUAAGGGAUAAUCCCAAGAGAAGUUAUUUUCUCCGGUUGUAUUGUUUGCAAAGAAAGGCCAUGCUCUGGGAACAAGAAUUAUACAAUUCAAUGGACUAUAAUGCCCCAUUGACAUAUUUCCAUACGUUUGAAGGAGAAGAAUGUAUGGCAGCAUUUAAUUUUGCUAAUGAAACUGAAGCUGUUAUAAUGAGGAAUAUUAUUUUGGAAAGACUUAAUAGCAAUAAGCAGAGGAGACAAGAGAGGAAAGCGAAAAUAGAAGUGGAUACUCAGCAAAAAAUAGUGACGUUGCCUAGAAGAAGUCCAAACAAUACGCAAAAUUUUUUUUCAUCAAAUACAAGUGUCAAUAUGAUAAAUGGGUCGCCAUCUUCGGUGGGUAUCAAUGGUGGAUUGUCAGGCAGUGCAAUGUAUUUAAGGAAAAACAAACGGGAAAAAGACCACAAAAGAAAAUUAACUGUCGCUGAUAUCAGUCAGCCGUCGAAUUUCCGACACGUAGUGCAUUUAGGAAGCGAUACCAGUAAAUGUAUUGAUCCAGACUCAAUAGAUCCAACAUUAAGGCAAUUUUUUGAUGUAGCAGGUAUAACACAACGACAAUUAACAAGUCGUGAAACCCGUGAUUUUAUUUAUGAUUUCAUCGGUAGUCACGGUGGAUUAACAGCUGUAAAAAAUGAAUUAGGUUUAACAAGUGCCCCAGUUACAUCAUCACACCCAGAUAAUAAUCAUCAUCCCUUACCUCCUCUUCCGCACCCAGUGUCCGACAAUCCGCCGCCAAUACCAGCGCGAACGGUGCCCGUUACAACGAGUCCUGGAAUAAAUAAUAAUCAAUCGCGAAGCACAAGACCAUUGCCACCAGCAAGAACAAAUGUACCGCCACCCCCGCCAAGUGCUCCACCUGCACACAGGACACUGCCGUCGAGGCCACCACCGCCUGCAGGAUCACCCGCGUUGCCCCCGCCGCCUCCCGCGGUCCCACCUCCGCCACCUCGAAGCAGCUCCAAUAUAUCAAACGCAUCAAAUACUUCGAAUUCUUCAACAAGUGCUCCAGCUCCUCCGCCUCCACCACCUCCACCGCCGCCUCUUCCGGACUUCAGUGCAGACAAUCCCACCGCAAAUAAUGUUAACUCUUCUUUGUCCUCUUCUAAUAGUGGUAACAAUAACGGUGACGUUAAUGACUUGAGGCCAAAACUAAUGGACGCAAUUAGAAGUGGUACAACUCUUAAGAAAGUUGAUCAAACUGAAAAGAAGACAACUCCUGUUAUGGAUUCGAGGAACGAUUUACUAAAUCAAAUAAGGCAAGGAGUCGAAUUGAAACCGGUGGUAAAUGAACCAAAACCAGCCUCGACAGGGAUUGCUCAAGGUGGACUGGCGUCAGCACUGUCAGCAGCUCUUGCUGAACGUUCACGUUUACUCGGUUACACGGGUGACAGUCAAGACUCGAGCAGUGGCACCAGUGACGAGGAUGAGUGGGACGAUUAGACUUGAAUAUUAAGUAUUUUAAAUGCCAACAAUUCUAUUCGAGUGAAGUGAAAAUUAUAGUGUGACUAAAUAUAUAUCGAUUUUGAUUAAUAUUACCAAGGUUAAUAUCAUCAUCAUCAUCAUCAUCAUUAUCAUGAUCAUCGUCAUCUCCAUUAUUACUAUCAUUAUUACACAUCUAUUUUUGGUAAGCGUGUAUUUAUUUAAUAAAUAUAUACAUAUAUAUUUAUAUUAUUAAUUUGCACGCUUCAGCCAAUCGCUCACGGUAUUAAGUUAUUAAUCGUGUGUUAAAUAAUUAUUUUUUUAGUUUAUAUUUAGUUUCCAUGCCGUACUAUCCGGCCUAAUGUUAUUUAAAUCGUCAUAUCAUGCGUUUUAUUAACAUUUGAUUGCACAGAUCGUAUACAUAUGUAUAUAAAUAAUAAUAAUUGAUGAGUUAAUAACGCGCGUGUUAUUUUAAUUAAAAUAAUUAAAUCUGUUUAAUUAAAAAUACGAUUAAAAUUUUUCGCUCCUCAAGAGAUCGAAAUAUAAAAUAGCGAAUCGGUCGUAAUUAAAUAACAAGAGUCGUACACAAAUAUAAAAGGUGAUUAUUAAAUUGUAUAAAGGGUGAACGUGUGUAAGAAAAGUUUUAUUAAAUAUAUAUAUAUAUAUAUAUUAUAUAUAAUAAAUUUAUAUAUUCACCACUAAGGAGAAAUCCUAGUCAAACAGCAAAAUCAGCUUGAUAAGAUAAUGUAAAUUAAUUAUUAAUUAAUAAUUAUUAUUAUUUUUUUUUAUUUUGUAAUUUGAAAGAUUUAAGUAACUGUCAUUUCACACCACAUACUUAUAGGGAUUAAUAAUAAAAUCCAUGGUUAAGUAGAUCAUUUUUUAAUUAAGGGCAUUCUCAGAGUAUUCCUUACUUUUUAAAAAUUUUUAAUGACUCAGCUGUCAAAGGUAUGAAAAUUUUUUCAAUUAAUUAAAAAAAAAAUUAAGCAUUAAUUUAUAAAAAGACGAUUUCGCUGAUAUAGAUUUUAAAAAAAUUACAGUUGAUAUCAACUGGGAGUUACACGAAAUUUGGAAAAUGAAUUUCAAUCAAAUCUUCGUCAAUUUUGGAAUUUGAAUUUUCAAAUUUUGUAGGCUGAAAUUAAAAAAAAAAUUCCGUAAAAUCUUCAUGUCAAUUUUCAAAUUUGAAUUUUCAAAUUUUGUAGACUAAAAUUUAUCCAAAAAAUUUCGUUUGACUCCUAAUUGAUAACAACUGUAAGUAAUUUUUUAUUAAUUAAGGUUCUAAUUUUUUUUUAAUUAAUAAAUGAAAUUUUAAUACGGCUACGGCAGAUGAAAGUCAUUGUAAAUUUUUAAAAAGUGGGGACACUGUCUGAGAAAGACCUUAAAUACAAGUAAGCACAAAUAUAGAAAAAGAAACAAAUGUCAAACAAAGUACUACGAUAUAUAUAAUUAAUUAGAAAUAGUUAAUUAAUUUAAAAACAAAUUGCAGUUGCAACAAUAAAACUAACGACGCAGUCAAAUUAACCCGGGAGCAGGAUAGUAAAUUAGAUAAAAUUUAAAUUUAAAUUUAAAUUAAAAAAUGUUUAAAGUGUUACUAAAAAAAGUAUUUAUGUAGAUUAGUUAAGAGAAAAAUAACUAAGAGAAAUCCGUUAUCUUAAAUCAAUAAUGUUGUAUUAUAAAUACAAAGUUUCUUCCAAUAGAAUAUUUUUUCAUUAUCUACUAAACGAGUGCGAUAUUUAGAGGUUGAUUAAAUUAUAGUGAUAAUAAAAGUAAUAAAGUAAAAAAGAGAAUAAAAAUGAUAACAAAUUGUUAUUAAAUAAUUUAAACAGUUGUCAUGUGUAAAGGAAAGUAUAUAUAUAAAUAUAAAUAUAUAUUAUUAUAAUUAUUAUUUAUUAAUCAAUUUUUUCAAAUUAGUCAGCAUUAAUUAUUGUACAUAGAUAUUAAUAAAAUAGAAUCGUAUUAAUUAUUUUUUUUUUCUUAAAAAGAAAAAAAUAUCCGUGUAUGUUUUUUUUAUUUUUAUUUCUGUGCUAGCCUGCGUUAUUUGUAAUUAUUAUUAGCUGAUUCGGAAUAAAAACAUAUGCGUACUUGAAGAAAAAAUAAUAAAAAUGAAA